AUGGCUCUGCAUGAUGCGUCCACGACUAGCGACCGACAGGAACAGUACCACUUGGUUCGGAAAUACGGGAUAUGCCUGGAAGGGCCAACCCUACCGGAGACGUGGCCUGCGAAGUACCAGUCGCUCUUUCAGCUGGUUCGCGAAGCGGACAAAAUCCGAUAUGAUAAUUACAAGCACGCUGGACUGGAAAAUCCAGCUCGAUCGCCGGUACCUGUUGACGAAAUAUGCGCUACAGUCAGGGGACUUGUUCAGACAGCAUAUGGCUUGCGUCGAUCCUGGGCUAGUGAUGACAUGUGGAGAGGAACGAUACAGAGACUAGUUGUCGAACGUUUUAAUAGAAAACGAGAAUGUUGUCUCUGCGGCAAAGAUUACUGGAUGUCAGACUUACUCGCUCCGCUUCACAAUUCCCUCGCCUCAGACAGUGUUUGCAAUUGUGCGGAAUCAGAGGCAAUGGGAUUUUAUCCCGCUCUGCUUCUUCAAUUUGCAAGCCAGCAAAACUGUCGCGUUGUGAACGAGUUUAGCCCGGAUAGCGACAGAAGGAUCCUCUCUAACCAACCGACUCCUCUUGUUCUUGGGCUGCGGAAAAGCUCCCAAUUUGAGUUGCUAUUAUCUCGUUUCCCGGAUAUUCAAGCUACCGCGAUUGAAGAUAACGAGAGGGUAAUAUUCCCCUUUCUGCUUUUGGGGUCCCAGGCAGAGAAGCAUAGCGUAGGAUUCGAGUCAAUCGAGAGACAAUCAGCAUUCGCAACCAUUUCUCUGCUGGCUAUACAAAGGGACCUGUCAUUGAAGCGUCGUUUUAGGACAUGUCCUAUAGUGUGGUUGCUGGCAAACCAAGGAGAUGAAUGCAAAGUUUAUGCCGCUGUUCCUGAUGGAUUGCGCUCACGAAUCAUCGAGCUAUGGGGAGGAUCAAUCCUGAGACAUGACUACGCUCUGCAGCUCCUUCUUAUAGUCGAUAUGAUAUGCGAUUGGGCUAAGAAUAUCUUCAAAAAAACUAUCAUGGAGAAAUUAGGAGCACCAGUACUUGAUCGCCCUGAAAAGUCACAUGGUGCGACUCGUACGGGGCAACCUAACAAUGAGCUGGAUGAAAUUGGAGAGUCUCUUAGUGGGACAAAGCUCAGCGAAACCACACGAGCUAGCAGUGACCAAUUGAAAUGGUCUAAAAUUGCUCAUAUACGAUCGGAAACGGAUGUACGAUAUCAGUUUCGGUCGAUAUCACUGCCAGAGUCGAAAAAGGGCCUUACUCGAAUAUUGUUGGCUAUCGGAGGAACGCGUCACUUUUAUCAGGCAGCUCAGCAGCUUUUAUCUCUUUUCAAUCUAGAUGGUCCACUCAUUAUAAGAGCAGAACAAAUCUACCAUUUACACAGCACGUGGACCAACACGCCGUAUGAUAGCCUAUCCAGUGAUCCUGAGAUACAUUUCGCUAGUCUUUCUUUCCGUCCUUUCUUUGACGUCAUGACCGGCCAAAUGACUCAGGAGCUAUCAUGUAUUACCGCAUCAAUUCUCUCGAUGGAGCUUCUAGUCGGUAUUCUAACCGAAACGGAGAAGAAGCAAUUCUGCGAGGAUGGUAUAACGCCGACCCUACUCCUUCCUCAAACAAUUGCAUUACUUCGGGAUAUCUCUGCCCUUGAGUUGACACAGGCUGCGUUUCAGGACUUGCAUCUGCAUUUACAUGCCUUCAAACAGAUAGCGGGUGUCAACAACUGGGUGGAGGAUCGAACCAAGUCCCGAAUUCUCGAGACAUUCUGGGCUGUAGCAGAUGGUCAGGAACUUUCCUUCUGGAGGUGUCCUCACCAACUAUGCUCUAGUGUGGAAAGAACGGCAUUCCCCAACUCGACAGAAGAGGGACACAUUCUACGCAGGCUAGUACAAGGUCCUUGGCAGGAACAGCCAUGUAUUGUCGCCAAACUAAGGGAUGGCGGGGCGGCGGUGCUUUACUGCUGUGUUAUAAGGAAGGAUGAGAAUCCCGAAGACCUCCCAGCAAUCGGAAGGAAGAUCCAUAGAUUUCUCUACCGUCUGCCUGGCUCAAUAAAUGGGGUCCAAUACACUUCAGGUGAUAAAAGUGUUUUGACAGAUUGGGCUAAUUUCCUGGUCCAGCAUCAGUCAUGUUGA